AUGGGAAGCUAUACCUUCAAGUGGGAACACGACGCUGAGGAGGCAUUUGUGACGGGCACCUUUGACAACUGGCGAAAGUCGAUCAGGUUAGAAAAGAAGAACGGCGUGUUCCAGAAGACAGUGCCGCUCGACGACACGACCGACAAGAUCUACUACAAGUUUGUCGUCGACCACAAUUGGACCGUCAACUCGUCCUGUCCGCACGAAGCCGAUAGGGACGGCAACGUCAACAACUAUCUGACCCGCGCCGACCUCGUCAAGCCUGCCUUUGGCACCUCGCCCUCGCCCUUCAUCAGCACCGUCUCCCCCGACUCCUCCACCGUCGCCAUGGCCGGCAAGAAGAACAAGUCCAAGAAGGGCUCUGCCGCCAAGCAGCAGCCCACCUCGACGCCCCCGACCGAGCCAACCGCCGCUGGCUCCUCGGCGGUGCGCGAGGGCUCCUCGCCCGUCCGCGACGCUCUCCGCUCUAGCUCGCCGUCCAAGCCCAGGGACACCACCGCCACCCCGACUGUCGGCCCCGGCGGCUUCCCCGACACCCCGGCCAGCGAAGAAGACAAGACCUUUGGCAUCAACCCCAUGCCCGCUGCUCCCGGUGCCGUCAACCCCAUCCAGCUUGCCCCUGGCGAAAAGAUUCCCGAGUCUAUUUCCGGCAAGGGCAUCAACGACCACGUCAAGCUCGAUGAGGAUUCCUACAACAGGAGCGACGCCAUCCCCGGCACCGAUUUCCAGUCGCAGCUGCCGCCCGUCUCCAAGAACAUGAUCCCUGAGUCCAGCCUGCCCAUGGGUAACGGCCAGGAAGCCAACAUCAACACCGUUGGCCCCUCCUCCACCACCGCCGCGCUGGCCGGCGCCGUCCCCCGCGAGACCGCCGUCCCGGACAUGGUCAAGAAGAGCCAGGACAAGGCUGGCUUUGCGCCCGAGGCCUCCGCCGUGCCCGAGGAGGUGAGGGAAAAGUCAGAGGUGGAAAAGGAGCUGCAGGACAAGGUCCAGAAGGCCCCCACAACGUCCGAAGGCACGGCUGGCUCCGACUUCCACAAGGCUGAGCACAAGGGCCAGGCUGCCGGCGCCGCCGCACUCGCUGCCGGCGCGGCUGGUGUCGCUACCACGGCCGCCAAGCAUCACUCGUCUGACAAGACCGCUUCGGCGGGCAAUGACUUCAGGUCUGAUGCCACCUCUGCAGGCAAUGACCUGAGGUCUGGUGCCACCAACACCGCCAAUGACUUGAGCGAAUCGGCCAAGCAAAAGGCGCCUGAGCCUACUCACGGCGCCCUGGUUACCGGGCAGACCAAGGACGAUGCCCAGAACAGGGCCUCGUCGGCUGGGCCUGGCGAGGUCAGGGACUCUGCGUUCGGCACCCACAAGAGCCCCGAGGUGGCUGCCACCUCGUCGUCCGCUCUGAGCAAGCAGCCGACCGAGCCGGAGCUGGCCAAGGACGUUGAGCGGGCACCGGCGGUGGACCAGGCCGCUACUCACGAUUCUCGCCCAACCGAGACCAAGCCGGAGGCGUCCAAGUCUCUCGGCACCUCGGCUUUCGGCGCCCACGACAGCACCUCGGACGUGCACGUGGCCAAGCCCACCCAGAGCCAGGCAUCCGAGCUUCCCACCCACGAGCCCAAGUCGGAGGUUGCUCAGGGCGCAGAGGCCAAGGUUGCCGAAGCCACAGCCGCCGAUACCAAGCCUGCCGAGUCCAAGGCCGAACAGUCUACGCCCGAGGCAAUAAAGCUCACCGAGUCUCAAGCCGCAGAGUCUACCCCGGAACCCACCAAACACCAGGAGACAAGCCCUGAGACUACUGGCAACUCCGCAGAGGCGACGCCGGAGAAGAAGAAGAAGAACCGUCUGAGCACCAUCUUCACCAAGAUCAAGGAGAAGCUGGCCGACAAGAAAUAA